GCGGGGAGGAGGGACGGGGACUUCCCGAGCCGGUCACCCGGUUCAGACGGAGCAGGGACAACGGCAACAACGGUUGCAUCCGACGGCCGAGCUUCAGUUGCGGCUGUACAAAGUGCUUUCACCCACGCCCAGAGCAUGUUCCAGAUCCCAGAGUUUGAUCAGAGUGAGCAGGAAGACUCCAGCCCUGCAGAUAGGCGCCUGGGCCCCAGCCCCACAGGGGACAGGCCACCAGGUCCCAGCAAUCACUGGCAGACGGCCCCAGGCCUCCUGGGGGAAGCUGGUUACCAGCAGGGGCAGCCGGCCGGCAGCAGCCACCAUGGAGGCACUGGGGCAGUGGAGACCCGGAGUCGCCACAGCUCGUACCGCGCGGGGACCGAGGUUGAUGAAGGGACGGAAGAGGAGGAGCCCAGCCCCUUCCGAGGCCGCUCGCGCUCGGCGCCCCCUAACCUCUGGGCUGCACAGCGCUAUGGCCGCGAGCUCCGGAGGAUGAGCGACGAGUUCCACGGCUCCUUCAAGGGAAUUCCUCGCCCGAAGAGCGCGGGCACAGCGACGCAGAUGCGACAAAGCCCCAGCUGGACGCGCUUCCUCCAGUCCUGGUGGAACCGGAACUUGGGCAGAGGGAGCUCCGCCCCCUCCCAGUGACCUGUUCAACAUCCGGAAGCUCCCAGCCGCUGCUGGCAGCCAUCUUGGGAACGGGCGGAAGUCUUUUCUGUAGGCCUUAUGCCAGAGGAGGCUCAGUUUCUUCCCUUUCAGAAGGAGGCGGUCUGACCCAGAGCCCAAUUCCCUUCCGGUGUGUGCUUGGACCACAGAGGGGCUCGGCCCCCAUCGGAAGUUUUGAAGUUUUUCCGCCCUUAGCUGCCGGAAGUGGUCCUGCGACCCCGCCCCCGGCGCUGGGCUGCCGCUGACGCCUGCGCCAAUUGCGAGCCGGGAUUAACCCCAACUUCGCCAGAACCCUUCCCUCAGCGGUAACGCUGCGGGCUGACGCUCACUACGAAACCUAAUAAAGCCCGCGUCUGUGC